AUGCCUUCGGAGAAGGAUGCCCAAACUCAAUGGGAAGACCCAUCUCUAAGUGAUCACAACUACAGCUCAGGCGAUCAUAUGAAGCCCACUACCUAUCUCUCCCCUUUCCACAACAUCCCCCUCCAGGGCCAGUACCAUUGUCACCACGGCCCGGGGGUCCCACUGGGACAGUUGUGUGACUUCACGAUGGACUGCCCACUCGGCGACGACGAAGGGGACAUGUGCAGUCAGUUUCUCAACGGCAGCUAUUGCUCCUUCGAGGAUGGUGAGUGCGGUUGGCAGCCAACAGCGGCCAAGGGAUCCUCCUGGAGGCGUGUCCACACCCCGCCAAAGGGGGUGCGGCCCAGCUGUUCAUCAUCCUCAGGUGCCAUGUUCAGUGUGGACGGAGGGCAGUCCAAGGGUCAUCAGGUGUCAACGUUGCUCAGGAGCCCUCUCUUCCCCCCUCCCCUACGGAACUCUCGAUGUGAGGUACGGUUCUUGAUGUGUUCUGGAGGUGGCCAGAGAGGGGCACUGUCUUUGUGGCUGGUGGAAAACAGCACACGACCAGAGGAGCAGCGCAGACUGUGGCACUCUGCCAACGAGCGCAAGACCAAGAAAGGCUGGAGGCGCAUUAUCGUUCCUCUCUACGGACUUGUUGACUGGUUCUGGCUCCAGUUCAGUACUGACAAUGGAUCAGGUCCAGGAUCAGCGAUUUGUCUGGAUAACAUCUCCUUCAGUAUGGACUGCUUCCUGGCCUCAACGAAAUGGGCCUUUCACACUUGUGGGGCAGUUGGUUCAGAGGGGCCCACCCCAACCCAGUGUACCAGCUCCUAUCGGAACAGCAAUGUCAAUGUUAUUGUGGCAACCAGAAGCCCAUUCAAAGGCAUCCAAAUCUGGAGGGUACCGGAGACUGGCAUCUACAGGAUCACAGCUUGUGGGGCGGCUGGCGGUCGCAGUGUAUUGGCCAUGACCAAGUCACAUGGUGUCCAACUCACAGCGGACUUCCUGCUUCAGAAGGGCGAGUUGCUUCAUUUCCUGGUGGGCCAAAAAGGAGAGGACGCUUGCCCCAAUACCAACAGGACACUGAACAAGAUCUGUUUAGAGCAGACGCCAUUGGACAAGAAGACACAGGUCAAAGGGGGCGGAGGAGGAGGAGGAGGAGCCACCUAUGUGUUCAAGGUGGAGAGGGGUGUCCACAUCCCCCUGAUCAUCGCAGGUGGAGGUGGGGGACGUGGGUACAGCAGCCAAUCGGACAGCCAGGAUGAGUUAAUGGACGACCGCGAUGUACCAGGGCGUAACGGGAAGUCUGGAGCGGCAGGUGGAGGCGGAGGUUGGAAUGACAGUAACCCUGGGUCUCAGGGUGGGAGACCCCUAAUACUUGGAGGCCAGGGGGGGCAACCCUGCCAGAAGUCGGGCUGGAAGACUGUAGGGGGCUUCGGGGGAGGGGGAGGCCCCUGUACAUCCGGUGGUGGAGGAGGGGGGUAUAGAGGUGGCAACACCUCUGAAGCAAAUGACCCAAAGCAGGACGGAGAUGACGGCUCCUCUUUCACCAACCCAGAGGGAGAGAUCUUCCUGGAUGCUCUGAAAGGGAUGGAAAGUGAUGGAGAGGUGAUCAUCUGCCCCGUGCAGAACUGUAGCCACUGUGAGACGGGCGAGUGUCAUGAGAACGAGGAGGGGACAAUAUGUUACUGUGACGAGGACCUCGUACUUGCCCCCGACGGUGUCUCUUGUGUAUUUCCCCUGCCGCCCCAGCCCUCCCUGUCCCAUCUGGCCCUGGGUCUGUCUGUGGGGACCUCAGCCCUCAUCGCUGCCCUGCUGCUAGCUGUGUCUGGAGUCAUGAUCAUGUACAGACGGAAGCACAUAGAGCUACAGUCCAUUCAGCUGGAGCUCCAGAGCCCAGACUGUAAACUGAGCAAGCUGAGGGCCUCCACCAUCAUGACCGACUACAACCCCAACUACUGCUUCGCUGGGAAGACCGCCUCUGUCAACGACCUGAAGGAGGUGCCCCGACGCAACAUCUCCCUCACCAGGGGUCUGGGACAUGGUGCCUUCGGUGAGGUGUAUGAAGGGAUGGCAGUGGGGAUACCUGGAGAGUCCAGUCCCCUGCAAGUAGCAGUUAAGACACUCCCUGAGGUGUGCUCUGAGCAGGAUGAGCUCGACUUUCUCAUGGAGGCUCUCAUUAUCAGUAAAUUCAGCCACCAGAACAUAGUGGGGUGUAUAGGGGUGAGUCUUCAGGUCCUGCCACGCUUCAUCCUACUGGAAUUGAUGGCCGGAGGAGACGUCAAGAGUUUCCUGAGAGAGACGCGGCCCAGACUGGAGCACCCCUCUAGUCUCUCCAUGGUGGACCUGCUCAACGUGGCCAGAGAUAUCGCACAGGGAUGCCAAUACCUGGAGGAGAACCAGUUUAUACACCGGGACAUUGCAGCUCGGAACUGCCUGCUGACCACCAAAGGACAGGGGAGAGUGGCCAAGAUAGGGGACUUUGGAAUGGCCAGGGACAUUUACAGGGCGAGCUACUACAGAAAGGGUGGGCGCGCCAUGCUGCCUGUGAAGUGGAUGCCUCCCGAAGCCUUCAUGGAGGGGAUCUUCACCUCCAAAACGGACACGUGGUCCUUUGGGGUUUUGCUAUGGGAGAUCUUCUCUCUGGGCUAUAUGCCCUAUCCCAGUCGCAGUAACCAGGAAGUGUUGGAGUUUGUCACCAACGGGGGAAGGAUGGACCCUCCCAAAAACUGCCCAGGGCCCGUGUACCGAAUAAUGACACAGAGUUGGCAGCAUCAACCGGAGGACAGGCCCAACUUCUCCACCAUCUUGGAGAGGAUUGACUACUGCUUACAGGACCCCGAUGUGGUGACUGUUACCUUGCCUGUGGAAUAUGGGCCCCUCCCCGAAGAGGAGGAGCGGGUGCCCAUGCGCCCUGAGGACCCCACGGCCUCUCCCCUGCUGGUGUCCACUCAGAUGCCCGACGGAGAGGGCCCUGCACCGCCACCCUUUGCCCCCGACUCCGAGGUGAAACAAAGAGUCAAGCAGCCCCUCCUAUCCAGCCAACCCCCCGAAACUCCCAACCCAGAGGGGGGCCACAUUAAUCUGGCCUUCGCCCAGGGCCACCCUAAGGAUAAGGAUGGUCACAAUGGGAAGCCCACCAACCUCUGGAACCCCACCUAUGGCUCCUGGUUCCUCCAGCAGCAGCAGAGGAAGCAGCAGCAACAACAGCAGCAGCAAAGGCAGGGAGACAUGGGCAGUGGGGGUGGGGGGGUUGGAGGUGGGAGGGUGCCGGGCGCCCCGCUCCUGUUAGAUUCUGCCACCCUCCCCCCAGUCCCCCUCUUCAGACUUCGCCACUUCCCCUGCGGGAACAUCGGCUACGGCUACCAGGAGCAAGGGUUGCCCCUGGAGGCGACCCACCACCACCACACUAACCCUGUCAACCCCCAUCCUCCCCCGUCUCCUCCUCCCCCGCCACCCGUGGCCCUCCAGAGAGGAGUGGAGGGGACCCAGCUGUCGCUGAGCUGCUCGACGACGGCCAAAGCCGAGGACAGCCGUCCGCUGCUGGUCACCAUGGGGACGGUGCAGGACCCCAGGCUGCCCCGGAUGGAGGGCCGCAAUGCCACGGUGCUUUAG